GAUAUUAUCGAUAUAACAUCAACAUCGCUAACAAAAACACUUGAUAACAAUUUGCUUGUAAGGAAACACAAACUUGUUGAAAUUCGUAGCCAUGUCGCGAUUCAGCGGAGCGCUGCAACUUACAGAUCUGGAUGACUUUAUCACGCCUUCACAGGAAUGCAUUAAGCCCGUGACAAUAGAUAAGACAAAGUCGAAGACAGGCGCUAAAAUCACAGUGCAAGCAGAUGGUUACUAUGAAGAAUCCGAGAGCGGCAAGCAGAAACUUCAGAAAGUCGAGAUCACGCUACAGGAUUGCCUGGCUUGCUCUGGCUGCAUUACAUCAGCUGAAGGCGUGUUAAUCACACAGCAAAGUCAAGAGGAGCUGCUCAAGGUGCUGCGUGAAAAUCAAACACUGAAAUCUGCAGAAGACAGUGACAGCGAGGAGAGUCGCAUCAUUGUGUUUACUAUAUCCACACAACCGUUGCUCAGUCUGGCGCAUCGCUAUAAACUAAGUGUGGAGCAGACAGCUCGUCAUUUGGCAGGUUAUUUGAGGCAACUGGGAGCGGAUUAUGUGCUAUGCACAAAGAUUGCCGACGAUCUGGCGCUGAUUGAGAGCCGGCAAGAAUUUGUGGAACGAUAUCGUGACAAUGCAGAACUCUGCAUGCUCAGCUCCUCGUGUCCCGGCUGGGUUUGUUAUGCCGAGAAGACGCAUGGCACUUUUAUAUUGCCCCACAUAGCCACAACGAGAUCGCCACAACAGAUUAUGGGUGUGCUGGUGAAACAGUUACUGGCCGAAAAGCUGGGUAUAUCUGGAUCACGCAUCUAUCAUGUGACUGUGAUGCCCUGUUACGACAAGAAGCUGGAGGCAUCUCGAGAGGAUUUCUACAGCGAAGCAAAUGGCUCACGAGACGUCGACUGUGUGAUUACCUCAAUUGAACUGGAACAAAUGUUGCAAGAGGAGGAGCAGACUCUGGAGCAGUACGAACCCGCAGAUCUGGAUUGGCCCUGGACGGAUCAAAAGCCUGAGGCCAUGGCGUGGGCCCAUGAGGCCACCAUGUCGGGUGGUUAUGCCGAGCACAUCUUCAAAUAUGCAGCCAAGGAAUUGUUUAGCGAGGAGACUCCAAAAGAACUGCAAUUCAAGACGCUGCGCAAUCGUGACUUUAGCGAGAUUUGUCUGGAGCAUGAUGGCAAAACCGUCCUGAAGUUUGCCAUCGCAAAUGGCUUUCGCAAUAUUCAGAAUCUAGUGCAGAAACUGAAACGUGGCAAGACGGCACCUUAUCAUUUUGUUGAGGUCAUGGCUUGUCCUUCGGGCUGCAUCAAUGGUGGCGCCCAGGUGCGGCCAACGACAGGUCAACACGUGCGUGAGCUUACGCAGCAACUGGAAGAGCUUUACAAAAAGUUGCCACGCUCCAAUCCUGAUAAUACGCAUACAAAGCAGAUUUAUGCUGAUUUUUUGGACGGCGCACACACGGAUAAAUGCGAGGACUUACUACAUACCAGCUAUCACGCUGUGGAGAAACUAAAUACAGCGCUAAACAUUAAAUGGUAGUGGCCAAUUUGUUAUUUGUUAGUUUUAUAGUAACAGACGUUAUCAAUAAAUAGCAAACUUUUGUUAUUGAACUA